UUGGACUAUAAAAGUAAAGUGAAAAAAUAGAACAAAAAUAAUAUUAGUUGCAAUGGGAAUCUGCAUAUCAGUUGCAUCAAAGGAGAUUCAUGAUGCUGAAGAUGGCCAUGAAAAUGUGAUAUUCUUCCAAGGAAAUAAUGUUUCUAAUGGAGCUCUGGGUCUUGGUUCUCUUUACUCUAAGCAAGGGAGCAAAGGACUAAACCAAGAUGCUGCCAUUCUUUACCAGGGCUAUGGAGUGGAAGAUGGAGCCUUCUGUGGAGUUUUUGAUGGGCAUGGGAAGAAUGGUCACAUAGUGAGCAAGAUAGUGUGUAACCGCCUGCCUUCGCUCUUACUAAGCCAAAGGAAUGCACUUGCAAAGACUUAUACAGUAGCAAAUGAUAGUACUUUCCAAAACCAUGUUGAGAGAAUAGAUGGGGAAUUAAGACCAAGCAAGAAUUUUCACAUAUGGAAAGAGGCUUGUAUCAGUGCCUUCAAGUUGAUGGACAAGGAGGUACAACUACAAAAGAAGUUGGACAGCUCUUGUAGUGGAACAACUGCUGUUGUAGUCAUAAGACAGGAUGAAGAUCUUAUCAUAGCUAAUCUAGGUGACUCCAGAGCUGUCUUGGGGACAAUCACCAACAAUGGAGUUACUGCUAUCCAGUUAACCACUGACUUAAAGCCAGGCUUACCUUGUGAAGCAGAAAGAAUAAGGAACUGCAAUGGCCGGGUGGCUGCAUUAAGGCAAGAACCACAUGUCCAACGAGUGUGGCUGCCCCACGAUGACUCUCCAGGCCUAGCCAUGUCACGAGCUAUUGGAGACUUCAUACUCAAAAACCAUGGCAUAAUUGCCAUCCCCAAUAUCUACUAUCACUGUGUAACUUCCAAUGACCAAUUCAUCAUUCUUGCAACUGAUGGGGUCUGGGAUGUGCUCAAUAAUGAUCAAGUUGCAUCGAUUGUGUGGGCAGCAGAUAGUGAACAGGCAGCAGCAAGAGCCGUGGUUGAGGCGGCUACUGCCACAUGGAAAAAGAGAUACCCUUGUGCAAAAGUAGAUGACUGCACUGCGACUUGCCUCUUUUUACAAAAGAAGCAACAUUUUAUUGUGCCAGUGGAGACUUGAGCUAGCAGCAUUUCUUCCUCUAGUUGAAAAUGUGGCCGUUCCUGCCUUGCUUUGGCCUUGGCACAAUCUUGAGUUAUUUGGCACAUUUCUUUUUUAUCAUUUGGAAACCAAAAAUCAGAGCAAUUACUGGGAACAAAACUAGUUGAGUGGAAAAGGAAUACACAACAAUUGCUUUCAACUAUAUAACUAUUUACUGGUGCAUCUGUUUACUUGUUGAGUAGCAAGAUAAUUAUUGCAUCAAGAACAAUU